AAGCUUUGCUUCUGCAAACAUUAUUGAUACAUCGAAACAAGGUAGCUGUUCAGAAGAGAAAGUACCCAACAAAAGAACCAGCUUCGCUCGCUCUUUCCAAAACUCAAAGCGCCCACAUACUCCCAGACCCACACUCAUUCCCAGUUUCAUGUCCCAGUAAUGGCAACACGCGAACAGGAACAAGAGGAAGAGGACCAAGAACACCCGCCAGAGCAAGGGCCAGACGACAGGGACGAGAACGGGAGCAGGAACGGGAGCCUGUCUUUGUCCACCUACUUGGGCCUCAGCUUCUCCUUGUUCUUGGCGCAUUUGCCCAAGAACUCGCUGACCCUUUUGCCUGGCCUCCGGACCCAGGUCAAAGACCUCUCCUUUAGGCUCCUCCAGGCCGAGGAGCAGCUGAGGCAGAUGAGAUCGAGGAGGAAGGAGGACGCCAAGGCCAACGCCAGGGUGGUGGAGAUCUUCGCCAGCCACCGGAACGCGUGGCAGCAGGACGAGAGGAGGCUGCUGCAGCAGCUGGACGAGGCCAACGAGGAGAUGGCCCACUUGAGGGCGAGAGUGGAGGAGAGCGAGCGGGUCGAGGCGGAGUACAAGGCUAGGGUUGAGGACCUGGAGAGGGAGGUUGGGGAGAGGGAUGACAUGAUUGGGUUCAUGUCGAGGAGGGGUGAGUUUGGAGAAGAGAGUGACAGGAACGGUGGUCAUGGUGAUGUGGAGGAAGCGAGUGAGUAUGAUUAUGGUCAGCAACAACAUCAUCACCGUCAUCAGUAUCAGUACUUGAAUCGGCAGCAAGAGGAGCAGACUGGGAAUGGGUUUGGUUCUGAGUAUUUGGGGUCUGCUUCCAAGUUCUGGGCUGAGAAAGCCAGAGUUUGGCAGGAUGUACAGUAUGAAUCCCUUGAGUCAGUACAUCAUUCAAAGCAUUAUGUGACAAGAAGGGAGUCUCCUUGGAAACUGAAUGGUGAAGGGGUUGGUGUCUCUUCUAAGUUGAAGUUACUUGAACAAGAAUUGUUGAAUUUGGAAAAAGUUGGGGAUGGUGAUCCAUCGAAGGUUCCUUCACUAAUGAGGAAGCAGGCUAAAAGAUAUCAAGCUCUAUCAGGAAAGAUUGACGAUCUGUGCAGAAAGAUGCAAUCUAGCGAUCCUUGUGAACUGACGUUGAGCUCGGAGUUUAGGAGUCAAAGGCAGACCGAGUUCUUACUAGAAGCGUUACGGCUCCAACAGCGUGCAUCCGAGACAGGACAAAAACUGACGGCACUGCAUGCUGAAGUAGGGAAAAGCCUUUAUGAAGAGGAGCUCGGGGGCCAUGCCAGGGUGACCACAAGACGGUCCAUUGACUCAAUAAGGAACAACUUCAAGGAACUCCAAAGAAACCUGGAGAUAUGGUUGGCUCGAAUAAGUGGGGACUUGAAGGGGAUUCUUGCCAGAGACGGGGCGUCUCGCGUGAGAGAAUAUUAUGCUGCUAGAUAUCCUUUUGUGCAGUAGAAUCUCUAAUGCCGUACGAAGAUCUGAUCCUGGGAAACGGUUGUGAAUUUUUGGUAAUCUGAUCCGAAACUAUGAAGUGGCUAUCCUAGGCUGCAAGGCGCUGAAAUGGAAGAUGUACAUGAUUAUUUUUGGUACCAUCAGAAUUAACUGACUUGUGUAAUUAAAACCGUAGUUACCAAAAGGAUUGGAUAGUGAAAACAGAGUUUCAACUCUUAAGUCUCGGCUCUGUCGAAUGCAAGCCAACAAGCAUGAAAUUUUGUGAUGAAGAUCCACUGGAGAGCCCAGAGAUUGAAUUGUCUUAAACGGAAACUGAAGGCUGUGAAAUAUCCCGAGCAUUGAGCAUUUAUCAGUCAUUCAGCUCCUGGUCAGUAUAAAAGAUUAGAGCAUUUUGUGUGCGUUUUCUGUCUUCUUUUUUGUUUCUUUUCAGCGUCUGUAAUCGUUCCUUUUGCUUAAUAUCAAGCUCGAUCUGUGUCUUUGUUUUUGUAUUGCAUCGACCGCAAUAGAACCUGGAGCAACAUCUCUUGUGAAUUUAACCUUCGGCUUGGCUCGGGUUUCA